GAAACUAGACUUGUGUCCCUUGAAACCAGGCGCCUGGAGGAAACUAAGUCCUAACAAAUAUUUUCUUUUGGUUGAAAGGUUAUUUAGAGGAAAACAUGAACAUUCAGACUGUUCUAGGACCAAUAGAUCCCAGCUCAGCAGGACUGGUUCUUCCACAUGAACAUCUCUCUAUUGCUGCUGGGGCAUUAGGUGUCAAAAAUAAAGAUGAACGAUUUAAGGAUUAUGAGAAUGCAGCUGUUGCCAUGGAUACUUUGUGGUGGAUAAAUCAGAAUCCAUACAGUAAUAUCCCUAAUUUACAACAGUGUGAAGAACAUGAAGCUGUCGUAGAAGAAUUAAAGUUUUUUAAGAAGUAUGGAGGUGGUACAAUGGUAGACAAUACUAAUCUUGGUAUAAGUAGAGAUAUAAACUUUCUAAAACAGGCUUCAGAGAAAACAGGUGUCAACAUAGUAGCUGGAACAGGGUAUUACGUAGAAUCUUCUCGACCAGAAACAGUAAAGUUAACAGUAGAGAAUAUGGCAGCACAUAUGAAGAGAGAGUUACAAGAUGGUUGUGAUGGUUCUGGUAUCAAAUGUGGGGUGAUAGGAGAGGUGGGAUGUAGUUGGCCCCUUUUACCGAGUGAGAAACGUGCAUUACAAGCAGCAGCACAGGUGAAUGUUGAUAUUGGUUGUCCAGUUAUUAUACAUCCUGGCCGUGAUGACAAGGCUCCAUCAGAGAUCGUUAGAGUGUACCAGGAGGCUGGAGGGAAAGUAGACAAACUUAUCAUGUCACAUCUUGACAGAACUUUUCUGAGUGAAGAUAAAUUAAUUGAAUUUGCAGCUCUUGGUUGUUAUUGUGAGUUUGAUCUUUUUGGUAUUGAGUUAACUCAUUAUCAACAAAAAGAGUCAGUGGAUAUGCCUGGGGAUGCAAUUAGAAUCAAGUCAAUAAAUUCCCUCAUCAAUAGCGGGUAUGAAGAUAAAAUUACCAUUUCUCAGGACAUUCACACAAAACAUAGAAUGAUGAAAUAUGGUGGUCAUGGAUUUUCACACAUCCUACUAAACAUUAUUCCAAAGAUGUUAAAGAGAGGCAUAUCACAGGAACAGAUAGAUAAAAUAACAAAAGUCAAUCCACAAAAAUGGUUGGCUUAUUGAAAAAAAAAAAAAAAAAAAGGCUAGAAGUACAGUUCAUUAGAAAUGAUUCUGUACUAAGAAUUUUAUAUUAAUCAGACAUGGAAAUAAUCAAAUAAAGUAAUUCAAGUUAAAAAAAUAAAUCAUUGUUAAAGUC